CAAAAUGGGGAGCACCGCCGCCGUGUACAUCUGAGUGUGUGUGUGUUUUUUUUUUUUAAUUAUUAUUAUUAUUAUUAUUUGGAGAGUUUAUUACACCCGGUGAUCAUCACACAGCUUUUCCAUCUCCCAUACAGAUCCACCACCGCGAACCCGGGCGCAUUGUGUGUUCAUAUGUGACCGCGUUGUAUUUAAUGUGUGAAUGUUCCACAAAACUCUGUCGGGAAACAGCGUGAGUCCCGAGCCCGUCGCGGGAGGAUGGACGGACGCUACCUGGGUUCGGGCUUCGCGGAGCGGCGGGCCACUUCAGGCGAGACCGCGGAUUGGGCCUACAGCAACCCGGCCAGCUCCAGUUAUGGUGCGACUCACAUAGAGACAGAGCUUCCCCAACGGCAAUCCUACGCCUCAAGUCAUACACUCACUACCUACACCACCUCUAAUCACCCCACAGGUGUGUCUGGUGUCUUUGAUACUAAUCUGCACACCACCGGAGGCAGCACUACUGAAUCAUCAGUCAUGAAUUUCCUCUCUUCCAUUGAAUCCCGAGGCCUUCAGGCUGGACCUGCAGCCACAUCUCUACUUCCCCAGUUCAGGACUUCACCAUGGCAGACUGGCACAAAUUCUUCAACAGAGCUCUUUCUUACCGGAGCGCUCCCUUCUUCUGGAACGUUUCCUACCCUGACGGCUCUUUCUUCCUACCAGCACCCCAGCACCUUUCCCACUCGGAGUUUCGCCACCACAUCGGGAUUAACUGUUCAGCACACUACAUUUAGCCCAUCAAAUGGCCUGCUUUCACCUAAUGACCCUCUGCUUCAGAUCAAACCUUCCCAAACCACUGUGCCAACAGCUUUUGCCUUUGACCGCCUGGGUGGUACUUCCCUGGGUUCUAGCCUCCCAGUCCAGUCAUCCACAUAUCGUUCAGCCCAGGAGUCUGCGCCACAUCUCCUGCAACCACAGUUCAGCCUUCUACCCUCUCCUUUGAGUAACUCUCAGCAGACUAUCCCACCUUAUGGAGCCCCGAUUUUCUCCAGCUCCAUCGAACGAGCACUUCAGCGUGAAUGUAGUGUCAUCAAGCACCACCAGCGGCCUUCCAGCACCCAGCCAGUCCAGCAGCAGCUGUCUGUCGGUGCACAACACACUUUGCAAGAUUACCUACCUGAUGAUGCUGAUGUCUCCUACCAGGAUCCUUCUCGACAUACACCUGUUCCAAACAGCCCCAAUGGAAUUCCCAGUCAAGCCAUUAAUAGCACUGCUCAGCAGAAGACAGCCACAGUGCAGCUGCAGCAAACACAGAAUCAUUCCUCGUCUGUGCCCUCUUCAGAGUUUUCCUCCACGUGUGGAGUGAAAGCCAAGGAUGAUUCUAACAAAACAUCAGAGCAUCUAAUGGAGGACUCAGAGUUGCAUGAUCAGGCAGCCUCAUCACCCAUGCAGCAGCAUAGGUAUGCUUCCACAGGCCAGAAACAGAGCUCUGUGAUUGCUAGCCAGUCACAGCCAUACACAUCAGCACAGCUUUCCAGUUUGAUGUCCAUCAGCCCUUCACAGACAUACAUUACAUCUCAAAGUCUCAUGGGCAACCUCAAUGAAUCACAGGCCUUCUCUCCCAAUCAGCCAGAGAAACUACCUUCUAUAUACAAAACUUUGCCAUCGUUGGCUACUCAGUCAGAAAAUGAGACCUCUGUUAGCCACUCUCUUAUGUACGCUUCUGGCCAAAAGCACAUAAUGUCUUCAGCAUCAAACAGAGAGGAGUAUGAUGAGCAGGCACAAAGAAUUUGUAUGGGCAAUGCCUCUCACAGUUACUCUUCCAGUCACACUCAGAGUCUGUCCACUGUCAGUUAUUAUACCCAGGGACCAGAAUCUGUUAGUCCCUCUCAGAGCUAUGCAUCAGGUCAGUCUCUCACACCAAGUCCUCCCUUCUCUUCCUCCUAUGCCCACAGCUUACCAUCCAGUAAUUCCACCCAGGAGUACUCCCUAAUGCAGUCUUCUCCAAGCAAGACAGAUGGUAUGCUGUUGCAGCAGACCCAGAAAUACUUGCUGUCUAACCAGACAACAUCCUCCACUGCCACUUAUACACAAGCCAUCCAGAACAACCAGUCCUCAGUGGAACAAAACUCAGCCUAUGGCAAAAGGAAGGAAGAUGAGAGUCUGUUCCUUAACUCCAAAGAAAACUGUGGAGAGAUUCCUAUUCAGAAUAUGCAGGCAUUACAACAAGCUUCAAUAAGUAGUUCUAUCCAGACUGUCACAAGCAGUGAUGUUGGGGUACAGAGCAAUGUUGUAUAUGUUGUUUCAAAAAUGGAAGACAGACACGCACAUAGCGUGAUCCGAAGCAACUCUCGAUCCGAAGAUCAGCUAAUGGGUCUUGCACCAAUGUCGUCCAUCAAGGAUGAGGGAAUGAGUACUUUAAUUGGGCAGUUGGUAAGCACUGCCCAAUCUCAUGUAACCUCAGGCACAAAAAAUAACUCUACAUUAAUGCAGUCCUCCCAUGUGGCUUUGAGCACUGACCAGUUGAAAGAACACCCUCUGCUUCUCAAAGUACCCAUUGCUCAACAAGAGGACCAGCAAACUCAGAGUAACAGAGGAGAUCAGAGGCAGUUGUCACAAGAACAGGCACAGUUUGUUCAGCUACCCAGUGCCCAAGUCCUACUGGAGCCCUCACAGAUGAUCCUUCUUCAGCAACCUUUGCUCCACACAGGUCCAAAUCAGUCGAAGCCAGUCCAAAUGCAGCCAGUGUCAGUUCAGUUCCUACAAAUGAAUAAUGAAAUCCUGAACUCCGCAGUCAGUGCGGUUGAGAUUCCACAGAUAACCCACCAAGCUGUGGAGUCCAUGAAGCAACACCUGGUCCCAAAAGACAUUUUCAACAAUGCAACGAAUCAGCAUGAUUCCAAGCAGCAUUUUACCUUAGGUUCUAUCUGCUUCCCUGAUUCUAUGCUGAUGGCUGAUGAGAGAAACAUUCUGUCCAAUGUGGAUGACAUCCUAGCUGCCACAGCAGCAGCCUGUGGAGUCACACCACAGGACUUUAAAACCUCCUCCUCUGAAGGGGACUUAGCAUCGAUAUCCAGCCCUACAGAUUCUAAGUGCCACUAUGAGUUAGUUAAUAACAAGCAUGAAGCUAAUAGCUUCUCUUCACAGCAUAUGAUCUCAAACUCCCAGAUCAUUACUUUAUCUGUGAAUGGUGGUCAGCUGACAACAGACAUUCACAAAGAAGUUGAUGGACACCAAGCAUUUACACCACCAAAUUCUCACACGCAGCAAAAUAACUCUAACCAUGAAACAUCUGAGAAGGUCACAAAUCAUCACAAAAAAAAUGAGGUAUUAGCCAAGGGACUUGAUAGCAAGGAUUCUUCUCUGCAUUCUAAUGGAUGUACUAUAAACACAUUGGCCAACAACCACACAGACUUUCACAUAACCUCCCAGGAAAAUAACCCCACUGGGUUUGAGAAAACAGACACCAUGUCAAAAAAUCAGAAUCAACCCAAACUCCUGAAGAGUGUUAAGGUGGAGGACAAGUUUGCAGAAUGCUCCUCUGAUGGUCUUUCUAAGAAGCGAGUCAGGUCAAAGGGUUCUUCCAAGCAAGCUACCCAAGAUGAAAAUGGUCAACCUAAAUCUCAAAAAAGAAUUGGCCAAGUAAAGCGUCAGAACUCCAAAGGAAGUGAGACAAUUUCAUCCUCUACCUCUGAGGGCUGUCUUGAUAGUUACCAGCAACAGGAAAGAAUACGGCAAAAAAUAAGAGAGGUAGAAGAAAAACAGCCAGAAGUUAAAACUGGGUUCAUUGGAUCUUUCCUGGACUUUCUGAAAUCUGGACCCAAGCAGCAAUUCUCCUCUCCACCCAUACGGUCACCCAAUCGCACAAGAAAGUCUUCGGUUACCAAAAGACCUUUUAAUCAAUUGUCCGUGCCCCUUAAACCCAUACCCCCAUCAACGCCAAUGGUUUCACCAGACAUCAGUACUGUUAGCUCUACUAAGAGACUGGAUGAGGAGCUUCAGAAGAACUUGGAGACACUUCCAUCUUUCUCCUCAGACGAGGAUGAAUCGGUUUGUAAAAACCAAGACCUUCAAAAGAGCAUUAGUUCUGCACUCUCCUCUCUAGAUGAGCCCUCAGACAAGCCACAUUCAGACAGCAAAAGUUCAGCUGAUGGCACAAGUCAAGAGCAGUCAUCCAGCGUGCAGUCUGCAGAUACAAAGCUAAAGGAGCAGCAAAAGCUUGGGCUGAAUGAAGUCCCAGUGGAGGAACUGGUGAAGAACAUACCUUCCAACAAACUUGCGGUAUGCCUGACCACUGUAGCUAUCGAAGGCCUUACGGAUGAGGAACUGUCUGACAGUGGGGAGGAGGGCAUGUACAGAGAACGUGAUGAGUUUGUGGUGAAAAAUGAGGACAUAGAAAACCUGCAGGUCACACUGAAGGCAGGAAUAGAGCCUCCAGCCAUUUGGAAGGUACAAAAGGCCUUGCUGCAGAAAUUCAUACCCGAACUGAGAGAUGGAAAGAGAGUGUUUUCGGCUACCAACAGUUAUCUGGGUUACUUUGGAGAUGCUAAGACCAUGUACCGGAGAGUAUACGUCAAGUUUCUCGACACUGUGAACAAGAGGGAGUACGUGCGAGUCUGCAACAGAAAACCGAGGUGCAAGCCCAUGCAUUCCAUGAGAGGCUCUCAGAAGGCUCUACUGCCCCAGAGAGCUGCCACAACAGCCAUGUCCGACUCCUCCGCGCUCAAACCCAGCACAAAGCAAAGCCUGUCCAAACCCAGGCCAAAGCAGCCAAAAGCCAAGGCCGAACCUCCACCGAAAAAAAGGAAGAAAUGGAAGGAGGAGUUUACAGACUCAACACAGUUGGCUUCUCCAGAAGCUGCAGGGGAAGAUGAUGAGUUUAUACCGCCGGUCCCGUUCGCCUCACGCUUCCUCAACACCAGGACCAUGAAGGAAACCUUCAAGAGUUUUGUGGAGCUCCUGAUCAGCGUUGCUCUGGACGCAGACGUCAUGAUCACCCUGGAGAGAGAGAACGAUGAACUUCUGCUGCCUCAUAUGAAGAGAGUGGAUGGCAUGAUCACGGACAACAGGAGGAGGCUGCUGCCCAAACUUCGAAACGCUUUAGACAGCUUUCCCGAGUUAUCAGUGGUGACAGAGCUGAAAACGGACGGGGAGACCCCCACUUUUAAAGUCAGACUGAGUGGGAAGGCGUACAACAGGAAGACCAUGAAACCUGCUAAAUCUCCCAUUAAACUUCCCUUGGAGUACACAGUGGAGCAACAGAAAACUCAUUGGUUUUCUCUCUAUCAUUCACUGCAGCACUACAAGUAUCACACAUAUCUGAUGUGUAUGGAAGAGAUUGCACUGUUGCGCUCACGCGGCGUGGAUCUGGGACAAGAGGAGACUGUGCAGACGUGCAUGGGGAACGGAGCGUGGGUGGAGGGCCUGUUUGACCGCUUCGGAGAGCUUCUCACACAGGUGCAGCAGGCCUGCCUUUAAACAGAUGGUAGAACAAGUGGAUGCAGUUCCUGGUCCUUUUUCUAAAGCACUAACCGAUGAGAUGGAUAUGGAGAAGCACCAGAAACCUGAGAAUCAUGUGAAAACACUGAGAAGAUGAUGAAUCAUAAGGAGAGCCACUAGAAGCUGGAGAACCAUCUCAACAUGGACAUCUCGAAACUAUCUACAGGCAUAAGAAGAUGCCGAAAAUGGAGAUCUUUAAGAAAUGGAGAGCCAUGAAAGGAUGAGAAGAUCGUGACAUGUUGAAGAACUAUGAGUGUAGCCAUUAGAUGACUUGGAUGGAGGAGGAUCACAAGACGAUGGAGAACCACAAAAAGAAGCAUUAGAUUGAGAUGCGUUAGGCAAGAACAUUUCAAACCAUUAGAAUAUGAAAUUUGGGGGAAAAAUAUGUGGAACUAUGAGACUGUGAGAUAAUGGAGAGCUGAAGACAGGAAGAUGUGGAACCACUUGAAAAAUUGGGAAUUAUAAUAUGAUUAUGAAACAGAUGAGCAGAUUUUUCUAAGAAUUUAUACAAAGAACAGCAGUAGAACCUGGGUGUCUGUUCUUGGAACCACAGAGACAAUAUAUUUUAGUCAUGGUCUUUUUAAAAAUCAUGUUUUAAGGUUGUUGUUUUUUUUAAAAUAAUUAUCAUCUAACCGGCCAAACUGGACACACAUGACACAACAGUUGGCCAGUUUUCAUUCUCUGAUGGUUAAAGAAUGUGUGGUACAGGUUGAUUUACCUUCAGAUUUUUAUUUUAUUUUUUUUUUAACACUAAUUUUAAAAAGAACAACAGUUGAGAUUGGAGAAAGAGGGGUGCUAAUGAUUGUAUAAAUAUAUAAAUACGUAGAUAUAUAUGUAAAAAAAAACAAGCAAAAAAAAACGUUCUAUAUGAUAGUGUACAUUUUGUAAAGAGAGCUCUUUGGAUGGAUUUGACUCUUUAUGUACUUUUAAACUCCUUUUAUAUGACAGAGGUUAUAAAGAUGGAGUUGGUGCAAUUCAAAGUACUUCUUUUUGUGAUAAUGUUGUAAUAAGCAGCAUUGGAACUAUUUUCUUGCAGGAAACUAUAUUUUAUAGUCUCUCAAAACCCUUUAUCUUAAACAUAAAUGUAUUUUUCCACAAAGGAAAUAUUAUUGUUUCCUGAUCAUCUUUGUGGUACACUCUGUUUUACGCAAGAGAUACCCAGUGUGUUUAUAUGACAAAUUUCUAUCCCUGACAGUGUGUCACUUCUUUACUGUAGAAUAUUACAAAUUUGCUGCAGUUUUGCACAGAUUACAAUGCUUUUGCUUUUCAAGUGUAGCUGUGAUACAACCUGCGAGGAUUUUAUUAUUAUUAUUAUUUUUUUUUUUUUGAUAUGUGGAAAAAUAAAUUUCCUACCAUUGAA